AUGGCGAACCCCAAACGACGACCAGGUUUUUCGCAGCGGUCAGGACCUGUCGCUGCUCCCUCCAUUCCUCUCGACGCCCGUUCUCGUUCCAACGCGUCCAUCUCAUCUUCCAUCCAAGGCCGAUCCGCUCCGCCCCCCACGACCGGCUCAUUAGCCCAACCCAUUUCACUCACCAAGCGUCUCCUUUUCUCGCACUUGCCGCCCAAUGCACCUAUACCCCCGAUAUUUCAAUAUCCGGGCCUACCACCUGCUCUGAACACAGAGCUAUACGACUUUCUUGCGCUUGCGCUGAGGGCAUUCAUUAAUCCUUGGUGGACGAAGAUAACUAGAUACGACAAGGAGUUUCUUGUUCAGGUUACCAGCAUAGUCACCGUCGUCUUUCGUAACCUCGAAUCACGCUCCUUGGCCGCGGACCUCAGUCCUCUCGUCUUCCGAGACCUUCCGUCAAUCUUGACGCAGCACUGGGUUGACUAUCGGACCGCGAAGCAGAAACUCAACACUUCGUAUUCACUCGCUGGUUCUUCUUCCUUUCACGCACUAUUUCACGCUCAGCAGCAACAUAUCGGGGUUUCGGCAGAUGGGCAGUUUGAUGAAGUAUAUGUGCGGACAGCCAUCGAUGCUGUCUUGAAGGCUUGUCUGCCUCCCGAGGAUUGGGAAGCUGAACCGGAGCGAUAUAUUGUCAGAGAGAUUGUGGUCAAGAUCGUGUCGAAGGACGUUGCUGGUAGGCUUACGCAACCAUGGUUCAUACACAAGAUUAUACUGGAUCUACUUGGGCCGCCCCCAGCCAAGUUUGUAGAGCCUCCAGACCCUCAUCAACCACAUCCCGGCUCAUCAACCUCCUUCCAUUUACCCUCCUUCCACACGAUCAUCGUUUUCUUCCUCUCCGCUAUACAAACCAUCUCGAGCAUCGCUCUCACCCUGAUUCACUCCUACAAACGAGCGGUCCAUGGCAUUCAAAUGGUCAACCAGCACCACAACUUCCGACAUCAAGGUUCAAAACCCUCUUCUGUCCCAUCACCUUCAACUGUUCCGUCACCAGUGGAUCGGACGCCAUCCACUGUCAAGAUUGACGAGAAAGCUACCCCUGUCACCCAGACCCAAUCGUUCAUCUCAGAUCACAGCCCUUUGUUACACGGUGUCGAGAAUCCGGUCAUUCAUGCAAUUGACCUCACCGACAACGGUCUGUCAACGUCGAGACCUCCUGUGCCUCCCGUACAGCCCCCGCCGCCGCCACCACCACCAUCACCUCCGCCACCACCUCAUUACCCUCUCCCGGCAGCUCUAACACGGCUACGCCCAGCACCGACAGACUUAGGGCGAGCUCCCGUCGCGUUGUUCGUGGAACUCUUGACGUUGCGAAGGCGGUAUGCGGGGAGCGCAAUGGCUUCACUGCUCGAAAUGCUGCAGGCCGGAUUUACUCGAUUCUUGGACAGAUUAUUGCCUUAUGUGCUCUACGAGCACGUUCUCUCACCUGAACGUCUCACGUCCAUAAUCAUUGUCGCCAAACGGACACUCUUCCCUAAUGGAUACCCAGCUGCUGCUCCACCUGAUCCAACACAAGAGGAGCAAGUUGCGAUGAAGGAGGCAGUAGUGGAAAGGACUGUGGGGAUUGUUCCUCCCUUUGUUUCAUCCGUCCUGCUUGGCGCCACUCCAAACGAGCAAAAGCGGACCAUAGAGGAGAUGAUCGAUCCACUGAGCGACCAGGCCUGCAAUGCGCAUUUGUUAAUAUGCAUUCUCGAUGCCUUUUUGUUAGCCUUGCUUCCUGAACUGGGUGGAGAAGAGGAGGUUUCGGCUGUUAAUACGAGUGCUCGGAGCAGUAGUCCAAGUGAUGGAAGUGGCGGUGGGAAGUCAGGUAACGGAGAUGGGAUAGGAUCAAGUGCAGGAUUUGGGCUGGGUGUUGGGGAGGUGCGAAGUAUGGAGGGAGGGAGUGAGGGUGAGGAUGGAAGAAGCGCGAGUACUAGAGGUGGAGGCGAGAGCGGUACGGGUGCAGGUGGAGGAAGGCGAGGAUCUGGGCUGGAGAGUAUGUUCUCGGUUUGAGUCAGCGGCCUCUGGAUUAUCAGUAUGUGAAUUACACGUUUUCGGUCAUUUCGUGUAUGUCGCCGAUUUGUG